GGCGCGGCUCCGGGCCCGUGCGCGGUGCGAUGCUCCCUAACCGGCCCCUUUCCCUCCGCAGGUUUCCGUCAUUAACACCGUGGACACCUCUCACGAGGACAUGAUUCACGAUGCACAGAUGGAUUACUAUGGCACUCGGCUGGCGACCUGUUCUUCAGACAGAUCUGUGAAAAUCUUUGAUGUUCGGAAUGGAGGGCAAAUCCUCAUUGCAGACCUAAGAGGGCAUGAAGGUCCAGUGUGGCAAGUUGCCUGGGCUCAUCCUAUGUACGGAAACAUCUUGGCUUCCUGCUCCUAUGACAGGAAGGUUAUUAUCUGGAAGGAAGAAAAUGGCACUUGGGAAAAGACCUAUGAGUACACAGGGCAUGAUUCCUCAGUGAAUUCUGUCUGCUGGGCACCACACGACUAUGGGCUGAUACUGGCCUGCGGGAGCUCCGAUGGCGCAAUUUCAUUACUGAGCUACACGGGUGAUGGGCAGUGGGAAGUCAAAAAGAUCAGCAAUGCACAUACUAUUGGAUGUAAUGCAGUUAGCUGGGCUCCUGCUGUUGUACCAGGCAGCCUUAUAGAACAACCAUCUGGUCAAAAACCAAACUACAUCAAAAGAUUUGCAUCUGGUGGUUGUGACAACCUUGUCAAGAUCUGGAAAGAAGAAGAUGGCCAGUGGAAAGAAGAGCAGAAGCUGGAGGCACACAGUGACUGGGUUCGAGAUGUAGCCUGGGCUCCAUCCAUAGGCUUGCCAACAAGUACCAUUGCUAGCUGUUCACAGGAUGGCAGAGUGUUUAUCUGGACAUGCGAUGAUGCCUCUGGAAAUUCAUGGUCACCAAAAUUGCUGCACAAGUUCAACGACGUUGUCUGGCAUGUGAGUUGGUCCAUUACUGCAAAUAUACUUGCAGUGUCUGGAGGAGACAAUAAAGUCACGCUGUGGAAGGAAUCAGUAGAUGGGCUGUGGGCAUGCAUCAGCGAUGUCAACAAGGGCCAAGGAGGAGUGUCUGCUGUUACAGAAGGGCAGCAGAAUGAGCAGUGAUGUGAGACUGACCAGUCCAGCUGCUGGAAGCGAUCGCUAUACCUGACUUGCAAUGUUUCUUGAAUCAGAUAAGAACUGGUUUUAUCCAAACUGGACACAAAAUGGGAAAUAACUGUCCAAUUUUAUGAGCGCUCUUAACCAAUACUGGGAGGCUACAAUGUGUUGAUAAUCAGCCUUAAUUGACAUUCCCUUAAAUUAAAGAUGAAGAGAGGAGCAAAGUACUGUGCCUUGUGCUACUCCCUGAUCCUGUAAAAAUUGUAACCUGCCUUCUGGUUUAGGAGUUGGAUUUAAUUGGAUACACUUCAAGCACUCGAGCAGGAACAGGAGGAGGCAGGCAAUGAAAGUGCUCACGUGUGAGCCCAUCUGUGUAAGGGGCAAAUGCUCUGCCACUCAAAGGCCAAAACUAUUUCAAGUGGCGGGGCGGGCUGGUGGAGUUAGCAGUAGACAACAUUCUGGUGGUACUGAAAUGGUGCUUGGGUUUCCCUAGAAGUAAUGUGCUCAGAUACAUGAAAACCUCCAAAGAUGAAAAAGAGUAGCAGAAUGCAUAUGUAUUUUGCUUUACAGUAAUCUCAAACUUGUUUAUUUAAUGAACAUCAACAAAUGAAAAUACUAUUUGAAGACAUUCUUUUUUUUUUUAGCCACAAUUCUAUAUUGUACCUCAGGUUUUUGUUUAGACAACAAAAUAAAGUCUUAUUGGUUAAAGCCUG